AUGACCGGCCCGCUGCCUGCAAAGACCCGGUUCGCCGAUUUGCUCAAGGAGCAUCCAGGACUAACCACCGCUCAACUCAUCAACUCCAACAACUUACCCCUCGACGACAUCAAAUCUGGCGCCAUUGAUGUCACCACAGAGCCCAUCUUACCGAAACGGGCAGAUGUGGUCGUCAUCGGCGCCGGCGUCGCCGGCCUCCUCUACGCCAUCCACCUUAAGCGAAUCAUGCCAGAAGCCAGCAUCGUGGUCCUCGAGCGGUCAACCGGCCCGACAUACAAGAUCGGCGAAUCCACGCUGUCGCCGUUCUCGAGAUUCAGCGUGUCGGAUAUCAUGAGCGUGGCGUACAUGCUUCGCCUGUUUCAUUUGAAGGAUGGAUUGGAUUUUGUUCAUGUUGAUGAAGAGGGGAAGAGCGUAGAGUACCAGGAUAUUGGGGGUGUAGAUUACUCCUUCCAGAUUGAACGCAAGGUCUCGGAGCUGCUUUUGACUUUGAAGGCGCAGAGGGCUGGCAUUAAGGUUUUCUACGGGGUUGGAGUGAAUGGCAGGACAUCGAAUUUCACCGCCGAUGAUGAGAAAACCGUCCGCUUCAACUACAGAGCUUCGUCGUUCAAGACUGCAUCGCCGCCCAACAAGCUGGCUCGGAUGCCCCUCGAUAUUCUCCCAGCGCAGGCCGCCGAUGCCGCACGGGCUGCCACGAGACUGUUCUCGUUGGAGCAGUCGGUGGACGAGAGCAGCGAUAUGCACACAUCUCCCGCUGAGCAGAGUCAAACCCCGGCGAAGCGUGGUUGGCUUGGCAAACUACUCCGCACAUUCCAUGGAGAUACCGCGAACACCGUCGCACCCUCCUACAUCAAAGCCCAAGUCAUCGCCGAUGCGUCGGGUCUGACGCAUACAGCCGUCCAGAAUUUUGGGGAGAUCAAGAAGUUUGACGGAAUGAACUUUGACGCCUACUGGGCGUACUUCAAGGAAGAUGUGCGUAAGGAGGAAACGGAAUUGAAGGAUUGGAUGUAUUGCGGGACGAAUCAUAUUUGCUUCAAGGAUGGAUGGUCGUGGUGGAUCCGCCUCAUCUCUUGGGAAAAGUCUGAGCGCGCAAACCUCAUGGAUCUCAUCACGUACCUCCUCGAGAACGACGAAGCCGGCGUUCCAGACUCCCUCAUCCCACCCAUCGCGACCCUCUCCACCCAAUUCAACUGCCCCUUCGAGCAGAUAGUCUCCAUCGGUUUCACCCUCCGCACCGAGUCCGUUCCCUCCCUCUCAAACGCCCCGUACGUCCCGAGUACAGCGUCAGAGAACGAGAAACGCUUCUGGGGCGUCGUGCACAAAUACCCUGUUGUCGAACGCAUCCUUCGCGACAGCGGGCGCUACGAGGUCAUACCCAACCACUACGGCCCCCUCCUCGGUACCUACCAGGCACGCAAAGCCAUGUCGUUCUACAGAACAGUCAUAGCGGGACCGGGCUGGUUCGCCCUCGGUAACGCGUCGGGCUUCACCUCGCCGCUGUUUUCGCCGGGGAUCAACCUUAUUGCGUUGCCGCAGGCCGUGCUGGCCGCGACGCUGACGAGGAAGCGAUUGAGGAACGAGAGUUCGCCGGAAGAGGUUGCGGAGGAGUAUCAGGCGUGCAUGGCUGACAAGCAUAUCCCCGGCAUGAGGGACAUGGAUGUACUGUUAAACAGUAUGUUCAGGGAUCCCAGAUUUUUCAUGGCUAUUUUCCCCAUUAUGUUGGGAAAUAUGCUAGGAAACAUUUCAAAGAACUACACUCAUGGCUACUCGCUGGCCGAGAUCGGCUGGGGCCUCGGGUGCUCCACACCCCUCUUCAAAUCUUUCAUCGCCGAAGUGUUCCCUCUCAUCAUGGGUCCGCCCAACACGGUCAUCGCCGAUGAGGUGGCCGAUAAAGUGCAAGAGAUAUGCAAUCGGUACAAGAAGACGAUCGUGGAAUCCUACUCGCACGCCACAAAGUACGCCCGUAUCUUUCGCCACCUCGACGAUGAGAUCAACCAUGAUCCGAACAAGGAGGCGCGGACGCCGGGGAAGUUUGGUGGCAGGCGGUGUACGGCUUGCUUUCAUGCGAACCCGCAAGAACGCGCGAUGUGUAUCUGCUGUGGGGCGGAGAUGGUGGCUUUGACAAUGACGAAGACGGUUGGAGGUGUUGGGGAGGCGGUAUUCUGCAGCGUCACGAAGUCUGGUUUGGACGACAUCGUAGAAGAACGGCCUUUGGCUGCGGCGCGUGCUGGUCAACAGCCGCCCAUAGCGGGCGUGGCGUAA